AACUAAAAACUCCGUGCAAACCUUCCUUCUUUCCUCGGUAUCAGCAUAGUCGAACCUGGAUCUGCGCUCCUAAGCGGCUACGCCUUGCCGCCGCUAACUCUGCCAGAGUCUGCGCACCAUCUCGGCUACGGCUUGCCGCCACUAACUCCGCCAUCAACCUAACUGCCAUUCCAACUUAUACAGGAUUCUGGAUUAAGCACCCCGACCCUUUUAAUAACCAGCAACCGUGUCUACUCCAAUCCUCCCCAAGUACAAAUUUAAGGUGGAUCUUUUCUAAAGAAGUUGAAAAUGAAACCGGAUGCAAAGCCACCAAAUACUCCAUCAAGCUUCAUUGACCAAGCAGUAGUCCCAGGAGAUGUGAUCCUGGAUCUUUCUGCAAUGGCUAAUCAAACUAUAAAGCUCGGGAGUGGCCUUCGACAGGACCUUGAAACUGUUUCUGCCGUGAAAGCUGGAAUUUUGAAAUAUCAAAAGCCAAACAAAUACUGGGUUGAAAGCUCCCAUAAAAGAUAUGUUCCCUGUGCAGGAGAUUCAGUUAUUGGAAUUGUUGUUGACCAAAAAGCCGAUAACUUCUUUGUGGACGUUAAAGGACCGAUGUUGGCAUAUUUGCCAGUGAUAGCAUUUGAAGGUGGAACAAGAAGAAAUAUUCCCAAAUUUGAGGAAGGUUCUCUGGUUUAUGCCCGUGUUGUCAAGGCCAAUACUGGAAUGAACCCAGAGUUGUCGUGCGUGGAUGCUUCUGGAAAGGCUGCGGGGUUUGGUUCCCUUAAAGAGGGAUACAUGUUUGAAUCAUCUACGGGUUUAUCAAGAAUGCUUUUGAGUAGCCCAACAUGUCCAGUCCUUGAAGCUCUUGGGAAAAAGCUUUCUUUCGAGAUAGCAACUGGUUUGAACGGCCGCGUUUGGGUAGAUGCAUCUUCACCUGCAACAACAGUCCUUGUGGCAAAUGCCAUUAUGAAUUCCGAGUGUCUGAGUGCUGUGCAGCAGAAGAUCAUGGCUGAGAAGCUCCUACAAAGAGUGCAAUGAUUUGUGGAGGCUUUUUUCCCCAAUAUAUAUACCGUUUAAUAUGAAAGUUAUAUUAGCUAGUGGUUUUUUAUAUUUAAAAAAAUGCGGGUUUUCCUAGAAUAUUACUACGGAUAUACAUUAUCGUUUUCAUUUUCUUCAAGUAUUAUUGACUUUGUUAUAAUGUACUGUAAUAUUUUUUUCAUACAUCUGAAUGAGUUGCCCAUCCAAAUCCUUCGGGUGGUUCUCUUGGAGCUCACAGUAUAUUUAUAACUACUCUCUAUCUCCAAAUAAACUUUACAUUUUUUA